AUGCUCGACGUGUACUCCGUGGAGCCCGUGGCUCGAAAGCUCCCACUGGUCAUCGAUGCUCUUUCCUCCAAUGACCGCUGUCUUUAUGCUGGUACCAAAAAUGGAUUCUUGAUCAGUUAUUCUCCGAAGGCCAACAACGAAACCGCCGGCAUCUCUACUCAGGGUUACAGCAUGCACAUGCAGAAAAGCUUCUCGAAGAAAAGUGUUGUUCAGCUGGAGGUGAUCCCUCAACUUAACCUUCUACUAUGUUUGUCAGAUAACGUGAUUCAAAUUCACGAUUAUGGACAGGUAAAUUUUCCUGUGCUCAGUAUUAUGGCGAAGUCGAAGGGGGCUACCGAGUUCCGAGUUAGCCUACUACCGCAGGAUGAACAUAGUGGCCAGGCGGAAACAAGGCUGAUACUAGCUGUAGCAAUUCGGAGAAAGUGCGGCUUUUACAUCUGGGAUAAAAGCGAGUUUGUCGAAUAUUCCCCGCUGGUCAAUAUCAGCUUUAACGACAACAUUCGCCGCAUGGUCUUUUACGACAAUUUUUUGGUUUUCGCUGUCAGGGACGAAUACUUCUACGCUAACAUCAUCGGGAUUGCGAGACGAUUGCACUCUGUUCGUCAGUUUCUGUGGAAAGCUUGCAACAAGAGACGGCUUCGAAAAUAUCCAGUGGUCAGAAAUACCGAUGCUCGUAGGUAACA